AUGUCCAACUUAUUCAAAACUAAAAAGAAAGAAGUUUCGAGUGGAACAAUUAAAGGAAUUCAGGCUUUAGAUGGUCAAUACAAAAAAUUUGACGAGAACAUUGGACCAGAUAGUCCAGGUUUGAAGCUAGUUCAUGAAACUGACAAUGAAGUUAACAACUUUACCGAGGUAAACGAUGGAAAAUUUGUCACACUUUUGGUCAAAGAAGAAGAUUGUAAUUUACCCACAAAUGACACAAAAAGUAAGGUAAUCAGAACCGGUCAAUCAAAUCCAACAAACACGUUUGUUAAAAGACAAGAAAGUGUGGAAAAUACUCCAAACAGCAAUGAAGAUAAAAAUGUGGCGAAAAACAUGAUUUUGAAUCCGGAGAAUUGUAAGAACAAAGAAUAUGAUUCAUGCAGUCAGGAUGAAGAAACUCUUUGCAAAAACUGUAAAAUGAAAGUGACAAAUGCCGGAGGAAGAGUUUUCACAGAUAUUUCAACGCAGUGUGAAGAUAAUAUUGAAGAUUUCCAGAGAGAGCUACAGCCUUCCUGUAAAGGUGGAGGAAGAUCAGAAAAUAGGGAAGUUAAGACUGAUGAGCAGAGGGAGUUGCACGAAAUAGAAUCAUUAUUUGAUACACUACAAACCUGCUACAAAAAAUUCACUGGAAAAGACAACGUAUUAGAUUCCAAUGCGCAAUUUUACGACAACGUUCACGAUAAUAUAAGGGACGCGCUUUUAAAGAUAUAUGAAAUCAUGGAAUAUGCUGAAAAGGCUAAAAAGCAACAUACAAAGGACGUGAAAAAGGCUUCUCAAACUGGGAACAAUGGAAGAGUGGAGAAUAUUCAAGGAAGUGCAUAUGAUAGUACAGUAUCUGAUAUGUACGCUAAGUUUGAGCAGCAGAAAAAAGAAAUAUCUGAUGCUACAGCACAGAAUCAAGCACUGAUGUCAACCUUGCAGGAACAUACAAGGCUGCACCGAGAACUCGAACUCAAAGUUACCAAUCUUCAACAAGAAAAAGAAUCUCUGCUUACCAGAUUAAGCACUAUUGCGGGAUCCCGACUAAGAGAUGGGAACCCUUCCAUCACAGACUUAAGUGAUGACAACAGACCACUCAAUGUAGCGGAGAGGUUCUCAGAGCUCUAUGACAACGAAUGGUCAGAUGCCUUCGAGAAAUUGACCGUUGGUAGAAGUGAAAAGGAAACGGUCCAGAUAUUGCUGGACCUUCUACAGAAUAUUUAUACCAGCUGUGAAAUAAUAAGCGAAGAACAGCGGCAUCAUUUGGGGCAGUUUGGAAUAUACUUUGACGACGAGGUAGAUCCUACAGAUGUGACUGCUGAACAAGGACAAAAAUCGAAGGAAAUGCAAUUGAUGUGUGGAACCGUCUCUGUUGGUCGAGUUCAAAAGAAAAUCAAAACCGACAAUGAAUUUCAAACCAAAUAUGGCGAAUAUAUUGACAGCUGUGAAAUUUACAUAAAAGCAUCUAUUAACAUUUGUUGGAUGAUGAAAAUGCAAGAAGUACCCAUGUUCUUGGAUUUUACCUGCCAGAGGGAAGGUCCUUUGAAUAAAGAUUUUUACAAGGAGUACACAAAGAGUGGAAAAUUAUGUGAUUACUUGGUAUGGCCUCUUCUCCUUCUUUAUAAAGAUGGACCGGUCAUGCAAAAAGGCAUUGUUCAGCCUUUGUAA